AUGUUUUUUUAUAGAAUUUACGGGAGCGUCACCCUGCUCGCGCUUGCUGCUCAAUCGCUCGCUGCCCCAGUCAUUGAAGAGCGGGUUUACUCGGAGGCUACAACAACAUACACCUCAGCGGCAGCGACCACCGUGCCUAUUGUACCUGUAACCAACGUCACAUCUCAUGGGCCGUACACUGGAACACCAACCACAACUGGUGCUCUAUCCACCACUGUAACCGCGGCAUCCGUUCCAGCUUUGCCAGCAGACCCAAUCAAGUAUGAAUAUCCAGCAGACGGUCAGCUGCACAUGGACGAGCCAGCUCCUUACACUCCUGGCGGCGGGCAAGGUGUCAACGGAUCAGCCCCUGUAUACCGUCCCCAGAGCGAUUUUGAUUACGAAUCGCUCGCCCUGGCCCUCUACCAAGAAUGGAUCGAGCUUGACCUCUUCCAUUGGGGCCUUGCGACUUUCAGCACCGAGGAGUUUGAAGCAGCUGGUCUGAACGCCGAAGACCGCUUCCUCUUGGAAUUCAUGGCGGAUCAGGAGGCUGGUCACGCUACUUUGUUGACCAACAUUCUGGGCGCCCAGGCCCCCGUCCAAUGCACAUACAACUACCCGGUCACCAACGUGCAAGAAUACAUCGACUUCAGCCAGAAGUUGACCAGAUUCGGCGAGUCGGGCGUCUAUGGCUUCCUCCCUCAUCUGGACUCGCGUGAGAGCGCUCAGCUGUUACUCCAGUCAAUCACGACCGAGGCACGCCAGCAGAUGAUCUUUCGUCAGUUCGAAGGUCUAUUCCCAAUGCCCGUCUGGUUCGAGGUCGGCAUUCCCCAAUCGUGGGCGUGGACACUUCUAGCUCCUUACAUCUCAUCUUGCCCUGCCAAUCAGACCCGUCUGAUCUGGCAAAACUUCCCAUCGCUCAACAUCCUCAACCAGCCUAAUCCUGCUCGGAUAAAUGGCUCAAACGCCUGGAAUGAGACUACAGGCGGCUACACCAACACAUUGUCGACCAAGGGCAUUAAAGAAGGCGAUGCCUGUCUGAAUGCCACUGACCCAUCUGAGGACUGUGGCCCAGCCAUCACUCAGAACCGUACGCAGCCAUUGUCGUAUCCCGGUCGCAAGGUUCAUUUGAACUGGGAUGAGCCUGGUAUGGCUCUUGGUCCUAACAACAGCUAUGUAACCUCCACCACUGUCACCGAACCCCGUUUUGCCGCGUGGGUUACUCAAUUGAACGUUACCUACAGUCCUCUCAUGGAUAUCAGUGGCAACAGCGCAUGGACCAUCCAGCCCAACGUCAGUGUCUUUGAGGGAGAUCCGGCGAUCAAUGGGACUAUGUUCCUGGCUAUUACCGACGAGGACCUUUACGUUACUCCUUUCAACCUGACGCAGCUGAACCCACAUGUUGCCGCUUUGGCUUUGUAUCAGGCCGGAUGA